UCAGUGCGGCUGCCGGUGCUGGACUGUGGCGCGUCUCCGCCGGGAUUGACACCCCUGGCGCUGUGGGGACACGGCGCGAGCCGGGCGCUGAGCUCUCCCGCUGCACCUGGCCAUGAGCCGCACGUGUGGGAUCUAAAACCUGCCCUGGCUCCUGCGCGGGGGAGCAUGAUCUGUGCCCGGGCCGGCAUCCUCCAGGAAUUGAUGCGCUUACAAUUGCCGGGUCAUUAUGCUGCUCCACCUGUGUAGUGUUAAGAAUCUGUACCAAAACAGGUUCCUAGGCCUGGCUGCCAUGGCGUCACCAUCUAGGAACUCUCAGAAUCGGCGCCGGUGUAAAGAACCGCUCAGAUACAGCUACAACCCUGACCAGUUUCAUAACAUGGACAUCAGGAACAAUUCCCAUGAGAUGGUAACCAUUCCACGGUCCACCAGUGACACUGACCUGGUCACUUCAGACAGCCGAUCUACUCUAAUGGUCAGCAGCUCGUAUUAUUCCAUAGGACACUCACAGGACCUAGUGAUCUAUUGGGAUAUAAAGGAAGAAGUAGAUGCGGGGGAUUGGAUCGGCAUGUAUCUCAUUGAUGAGGUCUUGUCUGAAAACUUUCUGGACUACAAGAACCGUGGGGUCAAUGGCUCUCACCGUGGUCAGAUUAUCUGGAAGAUUGAUGCCAGCUCUUACUUCGUAGAGCCUGAAACAAAGAUCUGCUUCAAAUAUUACCAUGGAGUGAGUGGAGCACUACGUGCUACGACCCCCAGUGUCACGGUGAAAAACAGUUCUGCUCCCAUUUUUAAAAGCAUCACCAGUGAAGAUCCGGUCCAGGGUCAAGGAAGUCGGCGACUAAUCAGUUUUUCACUCUCAGAUUUCCAGGCUUUGGGUCUGAAGAAAGGAAUGUUCUUCAACCCAGACCCAUACCUGAAGAUUUCCAUUCAGCCUGGAAAGCACAGCAUCUUCCCAGCACUUCCUCACCAUGGACAGGAGAAGAGAUCCAAGAUCACAUGUAAUACUGUGAACCCUAUCUGGCAAGGAGAGCCUUCACUCUGUCUUGAUGAAGAUUUUAUUUCGGUACAGGCCAAAGAGCUACAUAAACAUUAUAAACAUACAAAUUCAAAAAUGAAAGGAAGUUUUCAUAGGGACAGGGUUGUCAGCUACACUCUGGGACGUAGGCUUCCAACAGAUCACGUCAGCGGACAGCUGCAGUUUCGGUUUGAGAUAACUUCUUCUAUCCAUCCAGAUGAUGAAGAAGUCUCCAUUAGUGCAGAUCCUGAGUCAGCGGAACUGCAGGAAAGCCCUGUGAACAGCGCUGCAGAGGAAAUCCUUGGUGAGCCUCCCUGCACCGGCACAGUGACCUCAGAAAGUACAGCUCCAGAGCAGCUAAAUGGAUGCAAUGUGAAUGGUGUCAAUGUUGAUAGCCCUGGGGAAGUCAACCAGAACAGUUUAAAUGAAGAGCUAGCAGGAAAUAGGGAGGUUGAUGCAGUGCCAGCAGAUGCUAUUGAGUCCUUGGAAUCCAUCCCAGGGGAAGUGCUGCCUUCCCUGAGUGCUAUGGACCUCUCUGAGCAACUGGCUCUGCUGGCUUGCACGCCUCCUCCAGAGACUGAAGUUAGGGAAAAUAAUAAAGUCAAUUCUGUUACUCAGGGACACGACGACAUCUUUACCAGCAUAGAAGCUCUAGAUAUUGAUGAGGUGAGUGCAGACAUACAGACUGUCAAGGACCUAGAGAAAAUUCAGGAUGAGGAAGGGGCUUCAGCCCAGGAGGAAGAAGACAACAAGCUGCAGCUAAGAACAACAGGGAAGAGGAAAAACAGGCCCUGCUCCCUGCCUGUGUCUGAACUGGAGACGGUGAUCGCAUCAGCAUGUGGUGAGCCUGAGACCCCUCGCACACACUACAUACGGAUCCACAAUCUGCUUCACAGCCUGCCCUCAGCACAGAUGAGUAGCGAUGGAGAGGAGGAGCAGGGAGGCGGCGAGAAUGACGAAGAGUCAACAGUCAAGGAAAUGUCAGAGAAGGAUAUGGUUAGCGAGUCUGAGACGCUAGCGGCAGAUCCUCCUCCUGAAACUGGAACUGAUGAGUAUUUCAGCCGGGGGACUGUGCCCCGCAGCACCUCAAUUGAGCAUCUCUCAGACUUAAAUGAGCAGCUGUUGGAUGGGGAACAUCCCAUGACUGGAAGCGAGAGUGAAUCAAGUUCCAGACCGUAUGGGGACAAUGAGUGUGACACCUCUUGCUACAGCCCAUCCUGUUACAGCACUUCCUGCUACAGUACGUCCUGCUACAGUACCUCCUGCUACAGCCCUUCCUGUUACGACAGUAACAAUCGCUUUUCCAGCCAUACCCGUUUCUCCUCUGUUGACAGUGCAAAGAUUUCUGAGAGCACGGUCUUUUCCUCACAGGAUGAUGAGGAAGAGGAAAACAGUGCCUUUGAGUCAGUGCCAGAUUCAGUGCAAAGCCCUGAACUGGACAGGGAGCAAGUGGAUGUCUCCGCCCAGUGGCCAGAUGAACUCGUAGCUCAUGGUGGGAAUCCACAAAGAGCAACUGAGACUCUAGAGUCCCCAGUAGCAGGUCCGAGCAACAGAAGAGAAGGUGAUUGUCCUUUACUCCAUAAUUCUCAGCCAGUCAGCCAGCUUCCUUCCCUGAGGCCCGACCACCAUCACUAUCCAACUAUUGAUGAGCCUCUUCCACCAAACUGGGAAGCUCGGAUAGACAGCCAUGGAAGGGUAUUUUAUGUGGAUCAUGUGAAUCGAACCACAACAUGGCAGCGCCCCACAGCAGCAGCCACUCCAGAUGGAAUACGCAGAUCUGGUUCAAUCCAACAAAUGGAGCAGCUCAAUCGGCGGUAUCAAAAUAUUCAGCGGACUAUUGCAACAGAGAGGCCAGAGGAUGAUGCUGUUGUUAACAACAGAGCCGAGAGGCUCUCCAUUGGAGGAGGAAGUGACUCUGAGGCAGACUUUUCCCAGCCAAACUCAGAAAUUAGAAGAGAAGGGUCCCUUUCUCCAGUGAAUUCUCAAAAAAUCACCUUGCUGCUACAGUCUCCAGCUGUAAAGUUCAUCACCAACCCCGAAUUCUUCACUGUGCUGCACGCAAACUAUAGUGCCUAUCGAGUCUUUACCAACAGCACCUGCUUGAAGCACAUGAUUCUAAAGAUCCGCAGAGAUGCUCGGAAUUUUGAGCGCUAUCAGCACAACAGGGACCUGGUAAAUUUUAUCAACAUGUUUGCUGACACCCGACUGGAACUUCCACGGGGUUGGGAGAUCAAAACAGAUCAACAGGGCAAGUCCUUCUUUGUUGACCACAACAGCCGUGCUACCACUUUCAUUGAUCCCAGGAUCCCACUUCAAAAUGGCCGUCUCCCUAAUCAUCUGACUCACAGGCAGCAUCUCCAGCGACUUCGCAGCUACAGUGCUGGAGAGGCAUCGGAAGUCUCCCGGAAUAGAGGCGUUUCUCUGUUGACCAGACCAGGCAACAGCCUAGUAACAGCUAUUCGAAACCAGCACCAUCAUGAGACAUUACCUCUGGCUUACAAUGACAAGAUUGUUGCAUUUCUACGCCAACCAAACAUUUUUGAGAUGCUGCAGGAGCGUCAGCCAAGCUUGGCCAGGAACCAUGCACUCAGGGAGAAGAUCCAUUACAUUCGGACAGAGGGUACACAUGGGCUUGAAAAGUUGUCCUGUGAUGCAGAUUUAGUAAUUCUACUGAGCCUCUUUGAAGAGGAUAUUAUGUCUUACAUACCCUUGCAGGCUGCCUUCCACCCUGGCUACAGCUUCUCUCCUCGCUGUUCGCCCUGCUCCUCACCUCAGAACUCUCCAGGAUUACAGCGAGCUAGCGCAAGAGCGCCUUCUCCAUAUAGGAGAGACUUUGAAGCCAAGUUACGCAAUUUCUAUCGAAAACUUGAAGCCAAAGGAUAUGGGCAAGGUCCAGGUAAAAUUAAGUUAAUUAUACGGCGUGAUCACUUGCUGGAAGGCACCUUCAAUCAGGUGAUGGCUUAUUCACGCAAGGAGCUUCAGCGGAACAAACUCUAUAUCACGUUUGUAGGAGAGGAAGGCUUGGACUACAGUGGUCCCUCCCGAGAGUUCUUCUUCCUUCUGUCUCAGGAGCUCUUCAAUCCUUACUAUGGCCUGUUUGAGUAUUCAGCCAAUGACACUUACACUGUACAGAUCAGCCCCAUGUCUGCGUUUGUGGAAAACCACCUUGAAUGGUUCAGGUUCAGUGGUCGUAUCCUUGGCCUUGCUCUCAUUCAUCAGUACCUUCUUGAUGCUUUCUUCACGAGGCCAUUCUAUAAAGCACUACUGAGGCUGCCAUGUGAUUUAAGUGACUUGGAGUACCUGGAUGAGGAGUUUCAUCAGAGCUUGCAAUGGAUGAAGGAUAACAACAUCACUGAUAUCCUGGAUCUCACUUUCACAGUGAACGAGGAGGUGUUUGGCCAGGUGACAGAAAGAGAGCUGAAAUCUGGGGGUUCAAAUACACAGGUGACAGAAAAGAACAAGAAGGAGUACAUUGAGAGAAUGGUAAAGUGGCGUGUGGAACGAGGAGUGGUUCAGCAAACAGAGGCUCUAGUCCGUGGCUUCUAUGAAGUUGUAGACUCCAGGCUCGUCUCCAUUUUUGAUGCCAGAGAGCUAGAGCUGGUGAUUGCAGGCACUGCAGAAAUAGACCUCAAUGACUGGCGUAACAACACAGAAUAUCGUGGAGGUUACCAUGAUGGGCAUAUUGUAAUUCGGUGGUUCUGGGCAGCAGUGGAGAGAUUUAACAAUGAACAGAGGCUACGGUUCCUGCAGUUUGUCACUGGAACAUCUAGUGUGCCAUAUGAGGGGUUUGCAGCCCUUCGAGGGAGCAAUGGUCUGCGGCGCUUCUGUAUAGAGAAAUGGGGAAAAAUAACAUCCCUUCCAAGGGCACACACAUGUUUCAACCGCUUGGAUCUUCCACCUUACCCAUCUUAUUCUAUGCUGUAUGAAAAGCUGUUGACAGCUGUUGAAGAAACUAGCACGUUUGGACUUGAGUGAGGGAAUUCAGGCACUUCUGAUAUUUUCCUGGCUGAUGAUGUCACCUUCCUUCCCCACCAUCAUAUGAUCUUGGUUUUCCAUGUUUUUAUUUAUGAAAACAAAAAUCAGGAUUGACAAAAGCUGUGCAUGAAGAACUGCCUCCCUAAGAUCUAACCUUCAUGCUUUCAUCCUCAGUUUCCAAUGGACUCCUGUAUGCAAUAGAAAAACAACUGUCUCAACGUUUCUGUAUGUCUCCACAUACCUCCAUUAAUAAUAAUGAAAAUACAAAUGCAGGUUAUGUUACACUUGACCAAAUGUUGAUAAAUGUUUACUUCCACCUACGUUGAUUAAAAAAUAAAUAACCUCAUCAACCAUUCCAAGCUUCUAUAUGCCUGUGUCUUCUAAACAAAU